CUGUCUUUCUGAUUGAUGGCCGCGAUUUUCAGACAAUCAAAAAACACGACUCAGCUUCAGAGUUCCAUAGCCGCAAAUUCCUCUGCGAAGCAAAAGAAACUGUAAAAAGGUAAGCUCAAAAACCUUCACUCUCUCUCUCUUCACUUUCUCUCUCCUCUGUAGCUUACAAUAACUCUUUUCCUCAAACAAAAAUCCUCUCUCUCUAUUUCACCGAUUAAGUUUUCAAGAGCUGUAAAACUCUUUUUCUCUGACCAAAAAGUUCCGUGACCCGUGAAUCAGGGUUAGGGCUCGCUUCUUCCUUUUCAAUCCACACCUCCAAAACUGUAAAUACCCUAUACAGAGACUUGCGGGAUUGGUAUAACUAGGGUUUCGACCUCGCAACCACCCAUUUACGAAGAUUUCUGGUUUCGUAUGAUGCUUGCAUAUGUUCUUGUAUCGGAUUUUUAGGGCAAGCUUCGGAUUAGGGUUGUUUUUGCAAUGUGUAUACUCUGUGUGGUUUCAAGGUCAGCUCGUCGAGCCCUAGCCAUGCUCCCAUGGCUCGUAGUCCCCAUGAUUUUCCUCUGGUUAUCUUCUCAGCUUUUACCCCCAGGUCUUAGGUUUGAGGCCACGUCUCCACGCUUAGCUUGCGCCAUGGUGCUCUUGUUCACGCUCUUCUGGUAUGAGGUCUUGAUGCCUCGCCUUUCAGCUUGGAGGCUUUGUAGGAAAGCUCGAAUGCGAGAAAAGAAGAAGGUUGAAGCUUUUGAAGCUGCUCGUAGAAGGAAGACAGCAACUCGAUGUUGCAGGAAUUGCAGGGGCCCGUAUAGAGACCAGAAUCCAGGUGGUGGGAGGUUUAUGUGCACGUAUUGUGGCCAUGUUUCUAAACGCCCUGUUCUUGAUGUUGAGCCCGGACCUGGUCCAGGGCCUGGGCAUGGGGGUCAAGAAGGGAUGGGAUUGGGUUUAGGUGUGGGCUUUUUGCAGAAUGGGAAUGGUGUGUCUGCUGAGUUCCAGGGAAAAAAUGGUAGGUUCUGGGAUAAGAAGUUAUUGGAGGAUGGGGUUGGCUGGGGUGGCUCCAAAGGGCAAAAUGGGGAUUGGGUCUCUGGUUAUUGGGGCAAGAAUAAUGAUGGUGGGGGUGUAAUUGGAAGCCUCUUUUUUGAUGAAGAUCGGUGUUCAAAGAAGAAUUCUUUCGGCGGGGUUUUUGUUUUUGGUUUUAGGGUUUUUACAACAUUUUCUGUCAGCAUUCAAUGGCUAUGGGGAAAGAUUUGUAGAUGUGGGUCUUUGGGUCAGGAUGGGUCAUUGGACAGUGGGAGAAAGGGAACAGGGAAGAAGGGGGCAAAUGUAGUUGGGUAUCAAUGGAGUAGAGGAGAGAAAGCAAGAAGGAAGGCAGAGGGGAGAAGGUUGGCGAGGUUAGAGAGAGAGAGUUGGGAAGAGGAGGAGAGGAAACAGAGGGAGGAGGUUGCUCGGUUGGUGGAGGAACAGAGACGAUUGAGGUGUGAGAAAAUGGAAGCUGAUAAAGCAAGCAAAAUGGAGGUGGAGGAUGAUAGAGACAGAGAGAGUAGGAGAGAAAGGGAGGGUGAGAAGAAACGGCAUGAGAAAGGAAAGGAUAGAGAAAGGGUUACAAGCAAGGAUAAGCCUAAUGCUGAUGGGGAUGAUUCCAAAAGAAGGGUCUGGCAGGGAGAGUUAGACAUGAAGGGUGGAGCUGAAAGGUAUGAUAGGAGCAUGAGCAUGAAAUUUGAGCCCACAAAAUCGACAGAAAAGUCAAGAACUCAUGGUAAAUACGGUAAUUCCAGGUAUCAAGACAAUACAAGAGCAUUGGCUCCUUAUCCUUCAAGGGGUUCAUACGGCAGUUUUGUUCCUUCAUUUUGGGGCAAGGGCUUUCGCUCUUCAUCUGGUUCUGUUACAAAGUUUAACAAGAAGCCCGUGAAUUCUGGAGACCUCUCUCGAAGUUCUCUUUCUGACAGCUCUAAUGGAUCUACGAUAUCACAACCAGUUACCAGAACCCAUUCUUCCUGGAAUAGGAUGUCAUGGGCUGGGGUUUUGGGUGGAGUAGUUGAUUAUGUUCCAGCUGUUCCCCCUAGAAGUCCAAAUGCUUCAAGCUGUAGUUCUGGAGAUGCACAUGGCAGUGGUUUUGAAGGGGACACAAGCACUCUCCAAAGAAGCAGCAAGGUCAUGGGAACUGCUUCUCAUGCUCCUGAACCUAUGGGAGUGGCACCUAUUUCGUGGCAGCAUUUAUUCAAGAGUCCUUCGUCGUUAUCACAUGAAGAAAGUAUCAAACCCCAACAAAACCAGAUGUAUCCACUGGACAUUGGAAGUAUAAACAUAACAGAUCAGCAAGAGUUAUAUAAUUCUACGCAUACCCAUGCACGUCUUGAAUCAAAUAUACCUGUAAGUAUUGGUCCAGAUACUGGUAAUUCUUUAAGUGGUGAUCCUUUACAUCAUCCUGUAAAAGCGCCAUCACCACUGAAUUCGGAUGUGAGCGAGGUUGACCUUUUUAAAAACCCGUGUUAUGAUCCGGACCCAGUUACCCUACUUGGACCCUUUUCAGAGUCACUGGAUAGCUUCUCUUUGGACCCCAUUUCUAAUACUACUUCUUCAACCAUGGGUAGUGGGGGGUCUUGCCCCCUGAAGAGCAUACCUGUAUCUACAGCAGUUAGUAGGCCUGGCCCCAUUGGGUCCCCUAUUCCAAAAGUAGUGCCCCUUGGAGUUUCUGAUGAAAUCAAACCUCCCUCUUGGUGCAACAACUCAAUCAAAGAACCAAAUUAUGGGUGUGGACAAGGUGAAUGGGAGAUGUGGCGUUCUCCAAACCCUGUUAUUGACGAGCUUGCUUUAGUGGGUGACCAGGGCAGCUGGCUCCCUUUGUUAAGUGGGAUGAACGCUAAUCAGGAUGAGUUCUCUUCUUCUCAGAGACAUAUGCUGAGGCCUUGCUCAAAGGAAAAAUGGUUCCUUGACCAACAUAAUUCUAGUCCCCAAGUCACUAAACUUUCCACUCCCGUGGAGAAUGGCAACAGUUUUGGAGAGUGGGAAGGAGAUAAAGAUCCUGCUCCUGUUCAAGGUAUGGAAAAUGUUCCCCAAGGUGUGGAAGUGGCUGAGAAUACUGUAAUUACUUCUGGCAGCUCUCCAUUUCCCCAAGCAUGUUGGUCCAAGGAAGAGGGGAAGGAGGCAAGGCCAUACUGGGGCGGUGUGGGAAUGCAAUGUCAACUGGGAAGUGGGGACAUUUGUGGCACUGAGGAUGAUGUAGCACGAUCAAUUUGCUCUUUGAAAUAAAAUGGGUUCGUAGGAUAACGGUAAA